CUAAUAUGCAUAUGCAUGAGCGCUCUCGCUGUGCGGGACCGGAGGCGCUGCGGCCGCGUGUGCCGGGAGCGGCGAGCGGGCUCCGGGCUCAGCAUGGGCAGCGUGGCCGCGCCGCUGCGGGUGCUGCUGGACAUGGACGGGGUCCUGGCCGACUUCGAGGGCGCCGUGCUGCGGGAAUUCCGCGCCCGCUUCCCCACGGAGCCUUGCGUGGAGCUGGAGGAGCGCCGGGGCUUCUCGGUGCGGGAGCAGUACCGCAGCCUGCGGGAGGACCUGGCGGCCAAAGUAGCCAGUGUCUAUGAGUCACCUGGCUUCUUCCUAGACUUGGAUCCAAUUCCUGGGGCCCUGGAAGCUGUGCAGGAGAUGCUCCACAUGCAGGAUACUGAAGUCUUCAUUUGCACAAGCCCUCUCCAGAAGUAUGAGCACUGCAUCGUGGAAAAGUAUAAGUGGGUAGAGAAACACUUGGGACCCACGUUUGUGGAGCGGAUUAUUCUGACCCGAGACAAGACCGUGGUGGCUGCUGACCUGCUCUUUGAUGACAAGGACACCAUCCAAGGCGCGGAGGCGAACCCGAGCUGGGAGCACAUCCUGUUCACCUGCUGCCACAACAGGCAUGUCCAGCUGCCGGCCCCACGCCGGCGCCUGCGCUCCUGGGCCGACGACUGGAAGGCCAUCCUGGAAAGCAAGCGCAGGCAGUAGUCCAGGAAGGGGAUGCUGUGCUCUUCCCACUGCCAGGAAACAACAAGCCCACCCCCUGCCAUGCCCAGGAGGCACUGUCACCAUAGGGAUCAGCCAUAGUAGAAAUGAGCUGCUCCUGUCAGACACAGUGCUCUGGGUUUCUGGAAGAUUUCUCUGCACUGUUAAUCUCUGUAGUGUUUUGGAUGUUUGCUGUUGGAGAAGAGAAACUAUAAACUACAAGCAGCUGUGGUUGGA